GUCGGAAGUGCAUCGUACCCGGGUCUGUCCGGGCGUUGAGGGAUUGAGGCCUGGGAACGCUGGGUCCCCGGCAGCCGAGAAGCCGGUGACUGGGCUGAGCGGCACCAUCCCAGCCCUGGGGCCUGCUGACUGCGAACCCGGAGCGUUGCUAUCCUUCACCGGACUGUCAGGCUCUGCGCGCCCCGCGGAGGUCGGCGGCGACCAGCAGCGACUGCGGAGCGACGGCGGGCGGCCCCGGGCAUGUACGCCCCCGGAGGCGCAGGGCUGCCCGGCGGGCGCCGGCGGAGGAGCCCGGGAGGCAGCGCUCUGCCCAAGCAGCCGGAGCGUAGCCUGGCCUCGGCCCUGCCUGGCGCCCUGUCUAUCACGGCGCUGUGCACUGCCCUCGCCGAGCCCGCCUGGUUGCACAUCCACGGAGGCACCUGUUCGCGCCAGGAGCUGGGGGUCUCCGACGUGUUGGGUUAUGUGCACCCGGACCUGCUGAAAGAUUUCUGCAUGAAUCCCCAGACAGUGCUGCUCCUGCGGGUCAUCGCCGCCUUCUGUUUCCUGGGCAUCCUGUGUAGUCUCUCCGCUUUCCUUCUGGAUGUCUUUGGGCCCAAGCAUCCUGCCCUGAAGAUCACUCGUCGCUAUGCCUUCGCCCAUAUCCUCACGGUCCUGCAGUGUGCCACCGUCAUUGGCUUUUCUUAUUGGGCUUCUGAACUCAUCCUGGCCCAGCAGCAGCAGCAUAAGAAGUACCAUGGAUCCCAGGUCUAUGUCACCUUCGCCGUUAGCUUCUACCUGGUGGCAGGAGCUGGUGGAGCCUCAAUCCUGGCCACGGCAGCCAACCUCCUGCGCCACUACCCCACAGAGGAAGAGGAGCAGGCGCUGGAGCUGCUCUCAGAGAUGGAGGAGAACGAACCCUACCCGGCGGAAUAUGAGGUCAUCAACCAGUUCCAGCCACCCCCUGCCUACACACCCUAAUGCCAGCCUUGGGCUCUCUUCCUCAGCAGCCCCUCCCUCAACUCUGCAGCUCCUCUUGCACCCAGAGGAGCUCCUUUCCCCAGCAGGCCUCACUGGUAGGAUCCUGACCAUCUUCUCCAAACCUUCCCCAGGAGAUACUCUGCCUUUAGGGUCAUCCAAGUAUCCCUGCUCUCAGAACCGGAGGUCCACUGGUUUUCUAUAAUGUACUCUUUCCCUCCUGCCACAUGCUGCCCCCUUCAUGUUCACGAGUCAUUACCAGCCAGGGAAGGUCAUCCAAGUUUCCUCCAGCAUGGGCCAUAUCUUUGGGACCGAGACUUUCCUUGGAGAGCUGCUGAGAGUGGACAGUCCCAGAAAGAAGUGUCAAAGGGCCCAAGGGAAAGGGGACUGUGCCCUGCAGGCUCACUUCACAGGGAUCAGUGUUUGCUCCACAGCUGUAGCUCUGGGCUGAUGCCCCCCAGACCCCGUCCUUCUCGGAGUGACCCGCCCCCAGGCCACCUGCUCCGGGGAGUUCUGUGCACUUUACUCUUUGGACUUCUUCUCAUGUGUGCCCUGGUUUUAUGGGGAGAGGGAAUCGCUAUUGGGAAGGCAGAGCAGUUGCUACCCUCUCUGCCCUUGCUUCAUGUGGCUGGAACCCAGGCAAGGAAAGCAGGAGCCAGCGUGAGACUGAGGCCCCCUGGUGCCUAUCAAGGACCAGAGUGAAGGGGACUACAUCUCCCAGCCCUUCACCUUUUAAAUGUGAGUGGUUUUAAAAGGAAAAAAACGAAACCAGGCAACAGCAACAAUAUUCUGUUUUUAAAAUAGGGACAAGACUUGUCACUUUUUAGACAUGUAUCCCAUUCCUUUUGGCUCUGCAAUAUUUGGGGCUGUAGCUCCUUCCAAGCCCGUGGUAGUCCCUCCCCGAGUCUCUCCCAGUAGAAUGCAGCCUCCCUUCCCUGGCCCCUUCCCUCCCAGUGACGGUGGCUCCCGGAGGCCUUCUCGUAGAACCCAGAGGGGUUGAGGACUGUGGCCUGGCUGGCGGGCCAGCGUGGUGCUCCUCAGGACUGCGGCACUGAGAUGGAACCUGGCCUCAGUUUAGGAACAGGGGCCACAACAGGGCAGGAACCCACCACCCUCCACAUAGAAAUACAACCAGUGGGGCCCCGUCACGUGAGGCGUCAGACCCACCCUAUCAGCCCAGCAGGCCGGGCUGUGUCCUUCAGACCCAGUGCUGCCCUAGACUCUGACUCGGGACUGCAGCCUGCCGCAUGCCCUCUCCUGUCUUGAAUGUACUCUGGUCUUGCAGUGUGCUGCUGAGACUUUCUUGCUCAGCCAUCACUCUGGCCACCCUGUUUGCUCUGGGUCUGGCUGAAUUUUCUGCCCUGAGUUCUGGGCAUAAAGUGGAUGAAACUUGAAAGACCUUCAGUGUAGAUCCAGAUGGCCAACCUGUCCUUGUUAAGUUACUUGCUUCUUGGGAAUCAGUGUCCAUUGCUGAGCUGAAAAGGAAAUGGAUUCCAAUCUCUUCCAACCUUUAAGGUGAUAGUUUGAGCAAGACUGGAGAAUGGACAACACUAUGAAGCUGUGGCUAGAAAGGGACUGUCAUGUCCCAUCCUUUGGCCAGAUUGACUGGGGAUGUCUGGACAGAUGCCUGCAUGGGUGGCGAGGGCCACAUCUGCACACGAGCCGGUGGCUGCUUGCAAUUCACUGCUGUGAUGCCAGAGUGUGUUCAAAAGUGACUCUCCUGCUCUUCUGGACUCUUCUCUCAGGCAAGAAAGGCUGCCGGCUGCCUGCUAUGUGAUGCCUGAGCACAAAGCCAAGGAGCUGAACUAAGUCUGUUAAGUCCUGAGUUUGUCAUUGGCAGGUUUACUUGUGGCCAGCUUUCUCUGCCCUUGGGUGUCUGAGCAGGCAGACCAGAAGACCAGGCACCGGACAUGCAUGCCAAAGGGAGCGGUCAUCUCCUGAGGACCUGUACAUGACCCUGUGGACUGUUCCGCACGAUCUGGAACCCACUUUUUAUUCACUCCCCAUGUCUCUGGCCUUCCUCUUCUUUCUCUUUUCCUCUGCCAUCCUGACACUGAUAGUUUGUCAUAUAAAUUCCCCUGGUUGUGUUUUUUUUUUUCUAGAAAAAAAUUAAAAAGGAAAACAAAACCAAAAAACCAGAAACCACGAAUAACAAUGGAAA